GUCAGUACAACAUCAGGCUGCUGAAUCUCUUCUCCAUUCACAGAUGGAAAUGGACAUGGAAUAUCCGUUUGACUAUGAUUAUAACUUCACUGAGAAUUACACUCUGCCCAUUAUGCCUGAGGUUUUUACCCCUGAGAUUCAACCAAUCCAGAUAGCGGCUCUGGUCCUCUAUGGCCUUGUGGUCCUGCUCGGUGUCCCUGGAAAUGCACUGGUGGUUUGGGUGACGGGGUUCUGCAUGCCCCGCUCAGUCACAUCCCUCUGGUUCCUCAACCUCGCCCUGGCUGACCUCCUGUGCUGCCUCUCCCUCCCUUUGCACAUGGUCCCUUUGGCCCACGAUGACCACUGGCACUUUGGCCCGGUGGCCUGCACGCUGAUCAAGGGCCUGUUUUACCUGGUGAUGUACUGCAGCAUCCUGCAGCUGAUGUUGAUCAGCGUCGAUCGCUGGAUGCUGGUCAGCAGACCCAUCUGGUGCCAGAACAAAAGGCGACCAAAGUGGGCCGCCUGUGUGUGCGUUGCAGUCUGGCUGCUGGCUCUGGUCGGCAGCAUCCCUCAGUUUGUCUACACCAAGCAGAUCGAAGCAGGUGACGACAAGCGAGAGUGUCUGACAGUCAACACUGUGCUCAGCGCCUGGAUGAUCACCUCCUUCCGCUUCUUGACGGGAUUCUUCCUCCCUUUCCUGGUCAUUGUGACCUGUCACUGGAUGGUGUACAGGAGAACAGAGAGCGGCCUGACCAGAAGUCGGAGCCGCCCAAAGCGAACACUGCGCAUCAUCCUUGCUGUGGUGCUGAGCUUCUUCCUGUGCUGGCUCCCUCUGCACAUUGUGGACUUCCUCAUAUUGUUCACGCCUCGAAAUUCCCCUCACAGACCCAGAAUUUACAAUGCACAAAUCUUCUCACUCUGGCUGGCGUACUUCAACAGCUGCCUCAACCCGCUGCUGUACGUGUGCCUGGGCCGAGGCUUCAAAGAGAGUAUGAACCGCUCGCUGCGCCACGUGCUCCACUUCAUCAGCGAGGACCCCACCACCAGGGCCAGUACUACGGACACCAAGAGCACGAGCAAGGACAUGACGAAGAUCUGAUGGACUCUGAUAUGUGCUGAGGUUGGGACUCGGCAGUGCAUUCAUUCAACUCAUCAUUUCAAGUUUAAAGGUCCAGUGUGUAAGAUUUAGGUGAAAGGGAUCUAUUGGCAGAUAUUUAAUGUAGAA